AUGCGGGGAACUAUUGGGUACAUAGCUCCUGAAAUGGUAUCUCGUAGCUUUGGUGCCAUAUCAAUCAAAUCCGAUGUUUAUAGCUUUGGUAUGCUACUGCUGGAGAUGGCAGGAGGGCGAAGGAACGCAGACCAAAAUGCAGCCAACUCAAGUCAAGCAUACUACCCGGCCUGGGUCUAUGAUCGUCUAGCCGCACAAGAAUUUGAUGAGAUAUCUAUUGUGUCCGACAUGCAUGAGUUGGAAAGGAAACUGUGCAUUGUUGGGCUACGGUGCAUUCAGAUGAAGCCGCAAGAUCGUCCAAUGAUGAGUGAGGUUAUAGAGAUGUUUGAGUGCGGCACUGAUGGCCUCCAUAUGCCUUCUAGGCCAUUCUUCUGCGAUGAUCAUAUUGUCGAUACAGAUUCCCACCAUUUCUCCUCAGAGCUCAAUGCAAUUGAGGAAGAUGAUUGA